AUGAAGACCGGUGCUGCUCUCGUCUUGCUGGCUGGCCUGGCCGCCGCCUACCCAGGCGAAGUCCUGCGCAAACGUGCCCUUGCGCCGCGUGAAGGCUGUCCCGCCGAACUCACGGCCGGCCAGUUCGAGUUCCCCCACUACAUCACGCAGAUCUCCAAGUCUCAGCCCGACAAGGCUUUCGGGCCCCAACUCAACGGCGUCUUCACCCCCAAUGACAUCGCCUCCAUCUUCAGCUUCGACGUGCCCGCCUCUCGCGCCGACGCCAACUGCACGCUCGAGUUCAUCUUCCCGCUCAAGUCCCAGCUCAAGACGUCCAACUUCGACUACGAGGGUGGUGGCUCGUUCUUCUUCACGGGCUACAACCCAGGCAGCUGCCCGGGCCCAGAGACGACGUACAACAACCAGCCUGCUCCAGGUCCAUUCCCUCCGUUCCCGCCCAUUCACAUGGAACCGGGAAAUGCCUACACCAUCGACGUGGGCCCUUGCUUCGUGGGCGCGGGAACCUGCGUCGCCGGGAUGACCUCGACAAACGACACCAACUUCUGGUUCUUCCAGGACCAAGAUGAGUGCCCCAUCGGCAUCUACACUGCCUACUCAUACGGUCUGCCGCCGUUGGCCAACCCGCCCGACGCAUAA